AUGUCCACAAACUAUGUCCACAAAAUAUGUCCACAAACUAUGUCCACAAACUAUGUCCACAAAAUAUGUCCACAAACUAUGUCCACAAAAUAUGUCCACAAACAAUGUCCACAAACUAUGUCCACAAAAUAUGUCCACAAACAAUGUCCACAAACUAUGUCCACAAACAAUGUCCACAAAAUAUGUCCACAAAAUAUGUCCACAAACUAUGUCCACAAACAAUGUCCACAAAAUAUGUCCACAAACUAUGUCCACAAAAUAUGUCCACAAACUAUGUCCACAAACUAUGUCCACAAACAAUGUCCACAAAAUAUGUCCACAAAAUAUGUCCACAAACUAUGUCCACAAACUAUGUCCACAAAAUAUGUCCACAAACUAUGUCCACAAACUAUGUCCACAAAAUAUGUCCACAAACUAUGUCCACAAACUAUGUCCACAAAAUAUGUCCACAAAAUAUGUCCACAAACUAUGUCCACAAACUAA